CGCGGAAGUGAUUCUCCGGAAGCAGCAUGGCGGCUCCCCUCAAUUGAUUCGGCUCUACCUGGUGAACUGCUGACGAGAUGCAGUCGGACGAUGUUAUCUGGGAUACACUAGGAAACAAGCAAUUUUGUUCCUUCAAAAUAAGAACCAAGACUCAGAGUUUCUGCAGAAAUGAAUACAGCCUGACUGGACUGUGUAAUCGGUCAUCCUGCCCCCUGGCAAACAGUCAGUAUGCCACUAUCAAAGAGGAGAAAGGACAAUGCUACUUGUAUAUGAAGGUUAUAGAACGAGCAGCUUUCCCCAGGCGUCUCUGGGAACGGGUCCGGCUUCAUAAAAACUAUGAGAAAGCACUGGAGCAAAUAGAUGAAAACCUAAUUUACUGGCCCCGUUUCAUUCGACACAAAUGUAAGCAGAGAUUCACCAAGAUCACCCAGUACCUAAUUCGAAUUCGAAAACUUACACUUAAGCGACAGAGGAAACUUGUUCCAUUGAGUAAGAAGGUGGAGCGGAGGGAAAAACGAAGAGAGGAAAAGGCAUUAAUAGCUGCUCAGCUGGACAAUGCCAUCGAAAAAGAGUUGCUGGAGAGACUGAAACAGGAUACGUACGGUGACAUCUACAACUUCCCCAUCCACGCCUUCGACAAGGCCCUGGAACAGCAGGAGGCAGAGAGUGACUCUUCGGAUGCUGAGGAAAAAGAUGAUGAAGAAGAUGAAGAAGAUGUGGGAAAAAGAGAGUUUGUGGAAGAUGAUGAAGUGGAUGAGAGUGACAUAAGUGAUUUUGAGGAUAUGGAUAAACUGGAUGCCAGCAGUGAUGAUCAGGAUGAUAAAUCCUCCAGUGAAGAAGAAGAAAAAACCCUUGAUGCCAAACACAAAGGCAAAACACCUCUGAAAGGGCCUUUGAGGAGGAAAAGAGCCUACGUAGAGAUAGAGUAUGAGCAUGAGACAGAGCCCAUGGCCAAGGCCAAAACCACGUGAUUUCCCUUCAGACAUUUGUAAAUAGGACUGAACACUUUCCUUUUUUACAUCUUAAACACAUAACACUUCUGGGUUUUGCUCUUCAUCUUAUUUUUUAACACAAUAUUUGUGUUUUUAAUAUUUAUGCUAGUUUUGUGUGGCAAAAAAUCUGGGAGGGAAUGGACAAAGGCCUAAAUUGUGAAUAUUUUUAUAGCAUUGUUACAUGACAUGUGCUGAAGUAACAGCUUGAGCCCAAGAAGCAUAAGGGAUGAGUCUGUGGGUAUAAAUAUUUCUAAAUUUAAAUGUUACCCACUCACCCCUGUUUCCUUGGCAUCCUCCCCCUUGCAGGCCUCCCCCACCCCUUUAUUUAGAAAUGUCCAGAUUCCAUUUGUUCAUAUUCUCCUUUCCCUACUUCUGUGGGAGUUAAAAAGAAAGAAGGCAAGAGAAGGUCUAAGUUAUAAUGUUUAGUAUAAAUAUACCUUUUGCCUGAAAUAAUUCCAUUUAAAACAACUGGAAGAGAAAGAAAAUCCUUUCCUCUUCAGGAAAGUAAUACAAGUCUUAAGUUGCAUUGCAGGGAGCUCCUUCAGAAAGCUGCUGCACUCUUCGGAUGCAGUUCCCCACCUGACUGUCUUCACAGCUGCGGGGGAUUUUAGCCAGGAGACCCUGAAACGUGAAACCAAACAGGCUUGUUUUGAUUGUUACUUCACCUUGGUGGUUCUUCCUUGGUAUCAGACUCAAAGAAGGAAAGGACUGAUGACACUAGGGCAGUUCACGAACUGGUGUUAACGCUGGGAACUGGAAAUGUCCUCCUGGCUCACGAAGCAGCAGCCUUCUACCAGCCAGGAUGAAGCAGAUUAGAUCUAGGGCUUGAAAACUGCUUGAGGUUAAAAAGCCAAGAUGAAUAUAGUAUCCCUCAAUAUUUUUAGGAUGUUAAUUUCUUUUUGUGCUGCCUGUAACUGUAAAUUGAAGAUUUUGAGACAAUGAUUUAUAAAUUAUGUAUAUGUGGACACACAGCUGUUAUAUGCGAUGGCUUGGAAAAGUAAACUUCUGUGGAAUAUGAGACCAAAGGAAGAAUUCCCAAAUGGAUAAAUAAAGUAUGUGGAAAACAUCA